AUGAGUUGUUAUGAGCAGUGGAAGCCUGUUUUGGCAAUGGUGGGUGUUGAUUUUGGUUUGGCAGUUGUCAACAUACUUCUUAAGAAGGUCCUUAAGCAAGGAAUAAACCAGUUGAUGUCAUCAGCUGGAAGUUCUGGUAAAACUACAAAAAAAAAUGCUCUGGGACAAAGAUUAGAUCCGGGAUGGGAACAUGGGGCUGAGGAUGGGACUUCAAAAAAAGUGAAGUGUUGGUAUUGCAACACUUCCCAUUCUGGGGAGGAAAGUCAAAAGAAGAAGAAACAAAACUUAUAUGAUGUUGAUAUCGAUGAUGAUGAUAGUGAAUGUAUAGCCUUAGAACAAUCAAAGAAGCGGAAGCAAGGUGGUGCAAUGGAUGGAUUUGUAACAAAGAAUUCGUCACGACAAACAACAUUGAAUGAGAAAUUUAAAAAGGAAGAGAGAGAUGCAGUAUGUCAAAUCAUAGCCCGAUUUUUUUAUACCAGUGCUAUACCAUUCAAUUGUGUGAACAAUCCCAUAUUUCCUCUUAUGAUUAAAAGGAUUGGAGAGUAUGGGAGGGGGCUCAAUCCUCCUUCUUAUCAUGAAAUUAGAGAGACAUUCUUGAAGAAGGAAGUGAGUGAAGCAUUGAAUAUACUCGAGAAUUUUAGAGGAGAAUGGGUGAAGACUGGAUGUACUAUUAUGUCACAUGGGUGGUCUGACAGGAGGAGACGUUCAAUAUGUAAUUUUCUUGUCAAUAGCCCAUCGGGAACUAUCUUUUUGUCAUCCCGAGAUACUUCUGAUAUUUCAAAAACUGGUCAAAUGGUUUUUGAAAUGUUAGAUGAGAUUGUGGAAAAAGUUGGAGAAGAAAAUGUUGUACAAGUUGUGACUGAUAAUGCUUUUAACUACAAAUUGGCUGGAGAGAUGUUGAUGAAAAAGAGGAAAAAAUUAUUUUGGACACCUUGUGCCGCUCAUUGCAUUGAUUUGAUGUUGGAGGAUUUUGAGAAAAAAAUUGAGAUGCAUAGUGAGACAAUUGAAGAUGGAAGGAUGAUUGUUUCAUACAUUUAUUCAAGGUGUAUGCUUAACCAUUGGAUGAAGGAAUUCACAAAUGGCAAGGAGCUUAUUAGACCUGCAGUGACGCGAUUUGCCACUUCUUACUUAACUUUGCAGUGUCUUAAUCAACUAAAAGGAGAAUUGAUGAAUCUUUUUACAUCCUCUAAGUGGAAGUCUAGUAAGUUUGCAAGGACACGUAAAGGGAAAAGAGUUGAAGGCGUGGCUUUAGACAAUCGUAACUUCUGGACAAAUGUUGCCAAUUGUCUAAGAGCUGCAAUACCUCUUGUUAAAGUACUCCGAUUGGUGGAUUCUGAUGAGAGACCGGCUAUGGGAUUCAUUUAUGGAGCAAUGGAUCGUGCCAAGGAGGAAAUUAAGAAAAACUUCAAUGGCAUCAAAAAGUGGUAUGAACCUAUUUGUACGAUCAUUGAUGCAAGAUGGGCAUCUCAACUUCAUCAACCCUUGCAUGCGGCAACAUAUUUUCUGAAUCCCCAAUUCCAAUAUAGUCCAAGUUUCCAUUUAGAUGCAGAUGUGAAAAUAGGAGUUUAUAAAUGUCUCCAAAGAAUGGUUCCUGAUUCUAAUGAGAGAGUAAAAAUUGAUUGCCAAAUGGACACAUUCAAAGCUGCAAGAGGGCUCUUUGGCCUAGAUAAUGCAAUAUUGACAAGGAACAAGAAGUCUCCAGUUUAG